AUGCAUAUCCUUUUAUUUAUCGCAGUUGAUAUGCAGACUGAAUUAAACAAAAAUGAAAACCCAAACUGCACCUAUGGGGAAGAUCAUUACGAUCUAAUCAACGAAAAUGAAAUAGAUUCUACAGUUUUGCUCAAGGAUGAUCGUGUGCUUAGUAGAAGAUUGCCUUCUCUACCAAAACCGACAAACGAUGAUAAGGAAUACGAGUUAAUGGUUCCAUCUAAAUGCUCUGCGACUAAGUACAUUUCAGCGAAAGAGGAAGAAAAGAGCAGAUGUCUUGAAAUCUGUGAAAUGGUGAACAUCUUCAAGCCACUAAUAGUUCAGAACUUGCUUAUCCGUGACAUCCUACCGUCCUUGCCAUUCCUAGAAAAUCAUGACGAUAUUUAUGAAGAAUCGAAAAUACAUUCGAAUAAAAGUGCUGUUGCGUCUCUCUUAGAUGAGUUAGAGAGAAGUGAAGAGCUCGGAAAAUGGGAGAAAUUUAUAGAUGCUCUUAUCGCCAACGGAUACACGUACAUUGUUGAUAACAUUAGAGGCUACAACUUUAUCAGUCACAGAUAUCAGAAAGAAUACAUCAAAAGCCUCACAGAAAAACUAGGGAAAAUGAUCAAAAUAUGCGAGCUGCUACCGCAUCUUUUUGCAAAAGAUCUAAUAAGCGACACGGACAAAGAAAAUAUCCAACAAGAGGAUAAGAACAAUGGUAAUAUUGUAGCAGUAUAUCUACUGCUGGACAGAAUACACCGAAAGCACCGUAACUGGUAUAUAUUAUUCAUCGAAGCUCUUAAAGAUGCCCACAUGGACGAUGCUGCAGCUGAUCUACAAAUACCAGAAUUGUUAAAAAGCAAACGGAUAAAGGUUACAGACGUUUGUAAGUUUUACUAGCUCGACUAUUCGAAGAAUGGUCUAGCUAUUCUACUCACCCUGGCGUCGGCGUCGGCCUCGGCGUCACACCGUGGUUAAGUUUUUGCAUGAAAGUACAUACAGCUAUCAUUUAAAGGCAUAUAGCUUUGAAACUUAUUUUUUUCUUUUUCUAGGUCAAUUACCAACAUCACUGGGUCAGGAUCCAUACUUCUGACAUGUAUUGUGAGAAAAUUAUGCCCCCUUUUGAACUUAAAAAAUUCUGGUUAAAGUUUUACAUGCAAGUUACUCUCCAAAACUAAUGCAGAUAUUGGAUUGAAACUUAACAUGUGUCUUCGGGGUUAUAAAACUAGUUGAUCGCAUCAAGUCCCAUUACUCUGACCUGCAUUUUAGCCAAAUUAUGCCCCCUUUUGGACUUAGAAAACCCUGGUUAAAGUUUUGCGUGCGAGUACAUAAAGC